AUGGCGGACAGUAAAUUCUGUGCUGGUUGUCAACUUAGUGAUGAAGACAUUACAGCUGUAUCUUGGUGCAGUGAUUGCUGUGAACUUGUAUGUAAGGCGUGUUCCAGAGUUCACAAAAUAAUGUCCCCGCCUCACAAGGUUAUACAAAUUAAAGAGAUUCAACAACUGAAUUCGUCACUUCUUUCAUUGUCCAAGAACUGCGACAAUCAUCCAGAUCAAAAGAUUGCAGUGUACUGCUGUCAACAUGACAAGGUAGUCUGCGUGUCAUGUGUUCCGGUAUCACAUCAGAAUUGCAAGUCUAUUAUUUCAAUUGAAAUACAUGUAGCUGCUAGAGGCGUGAAAGAUGGUACCGCUAUUUCUGAUCUAGAGAGAAGAAUUUCAAACCUAUGUCAAGUUACAGAGAACAGACGGUGUCAAAGUGAAAGAACACUUGUAGAUUUGGAAGAAAGUCGUACCAAAAUAAAGACAAGGGUGUCUGAAAUCAAACGGAAAGUCAUUGCUUAUUUAGAUACAUUAGAAGCAGAGAUACAUAAAGAUCUUGAUUCUAAGUAUAAAAGUUGUACUGAGAGUGUGUCCUUAAACAGAAAUAGCAUACAAUCCAGCUCAGACUCGCUGUCUUCAUGGAAACAUGAUCUAAAUUCACUGAAGCAACACACAUCAGAAGCACAUUUAUUCCAGGUGGUAAAAUUUCUAGAUGCCAAAAUUUACCAGAAAGAAUUAGAAAUCAGAGAAGUCAAAGCAGCUAAUGUUCCGAUACUAACAUUUAAUCCGUCAGUAUCUGCGUCGAAAAUUAAGAAACUUGUCCCAGACUUGGGUAAAAUAACGGUUGAAAAUGUCCAAGUACCAAAACCUGUACAGAUAUCGACCAACAAUGUCAUUUUCCCGGAGAAACAACUUUUUGUUUGUAAACUUGAUGGAUCAAACUCCAACGUGAUUGAUUUGGAUUAUAAACCACACAAUAUAAGUUCAUAUGACAUUAAACAUGAUGUAGUAUCUGCAGGUGAUGCAAGUAUCCAGAUCAUCGACCUGACAUCAUUGACGCCUGGUAGGACAAUUAAAGUUGAAGGAAACUGUUAUGGAAUCACCAUUGUAAAGGACACGAUCUGGGUCAAACAUAAACCUUACACUCUAACCAUUGUGGAUAUCAAUGGUAAAGUACUUAAAGUAAUACACACAACAUUUGAUCGUAGGGAAAUCUAUGCCAAUCAGGACGGUGAUGUAUAUUGUACUGACUUAAAUAGUAAUACAAUAUUCUUAGUUUCUGCGGAUGGAAAAGAACGUGAGAUAUACAACAGUCCUGACAUGAAAGGUGCUAUUGGUGUAGCUGUAGAUGACCGUGGGGAUGUGUAUGUAGCAGGGUGUAUAUCAAACAACAUACAUAGAAUAUCUAAUGAUGGACAGAAACAUGACAUUGUCUUGACAGCAGACGAUGGCAUCGAUUUACCGUCUGGUAUAUCUUACAACAAUGAAUCUAAAGAACUUCUAGUCACUCACUAUGGUGAAUCUGUCAAUAUUUAUAAAACCCAAAUGAACACUGGCUAA